AUGGAUCUUGAAAGGGAUUACUUCCUCGUGAAAUUUCGAAAUGCAGGGGAUUUUCAAAGAAUUCUCAACUCGGGUCCUCUCUAUUUCUACGGGACUUAUUUUCAUGUCCGGAAAUGGGACAGUUUCUUCGACCCGGUAACUGACCACGUCAAAAGCUUGACUGUGUGGGCAAGGAUGCCAGGAUUUCCGGUUCAUUACUACAACAAAAACUUUCUCCGGUACAUUGGUACCCUAUUGGGAAGGGUAGUGCAAAUUUACCACCAAACUGCAGCAGAAUCAAGGGGAAACUUCACUCGAAGGGCGAUGGAGAGCAGGGCAUCUGAUAGCAAGUUGCCCUUUCAAUCCGUAAAAAUUGCCGGAACCGGCACCUCUGCUUAUGACAGGAUCGAGGGAAGGCAGGGAUCGGAGAAGACAGAAAGUCCAGCGGACAAAGGAUCGACCUCUACACAAGCACGUGGCACUAGAUUUGACUUAUUGAUUAGCCUUGGUGACGAUGGUGGAGAAGACCAGCUGGGGGCAGCAGUACCUGAAAAGAUGGAUGAUGAAAGCGACAAAAUGUCGACGCCUCCUACUCAAUCACUGUCAUUCCUAGGCGCUCGGAAAGCAUCAACACGUGAACAAAUCUCCUCUGCCAAGGGUGGAGCCUGCCCGCUACCAAAAACCCAGAAAAAACCAAACAUGAGCCAUAACCCUACAGAAAUGGCCCAGAACUCUGCCACUCUCACCCAACAACCAGCCCAACAAGUUGCCUCUAACCCAAUUUCGUUCCUAACAGCUGAAACCCAGAAAGCCCCACAAGCACAAAAAGAAUUCACAGCCCAUUUAGCACCUACCACCCUGGACCUGCCAAGCACCAAGUGA